UCUGGAUAAUUAACAACACUUAAACUCAGCCAUAAUCACCCCUAAUGCCUAUAAAAGCCAAGCUUUGCUUCUCACUAAUAUCAACUCAAGUUAUCACAAAUAAAAAACUUCUCUCUUUUAACUACUCAGACAAGAUGGCACCUGUGAUCAACACCAAGGUAAGUAACGGAGGGAAGAAGAGAGCGUACGUGACGUUCCUCGCCGGGAACGGUGACUACGUGAAAGGAGUGGUUGGUCUCGCCAAAGGACUAAGGAAAGCUAAGAGCAAGUACCCAUUAGUUGUUGCUGUAUUACCAGACGUGCCGGUGGAUCACCGGAGACAGCUAUUAGAGCAAGGAUGUCUCGUGAACGAGAUCCAGCCGGUUUGUCCGCCGGAUAACCAAACUCAGUUUGCUAUGGCUUACUACGUUCUCAACUACUCCAAGCUCCGUAUUUGGAAGUUUGUAGAGUAUAGCAAGAUGAUAUAUUUAGACGGAGACAUACAAGUAUUUGAGAACAUAGAUCACUUGUUCGAUCUUCCUGACGGCAACUUCUACGCUGUUAAAGACUGUUUCUGUGAGAAGACAUGGAGCCAUACGCCUCAGUAUAAGAUUGGCUACUGCCAACAGUGCCCCGACAAGGUGACGUGGCCUGAGUCCGAGCUUGGUCCUAAGCCACCGUUGUACUUCAACGCCGGCAUGUUUGUCUACGAGCCAAGCCUUCCAACUUAUUACAACCUUUUGGAGACUCUCAAGGUUGUCUCUCCCACACCGUUUGCUGAACAGGAUUUCUUGAACAUUUACUUCAAAGAUAUAUACAAGCCGAUUCCACCAGUAUAUAAUCUUGUCUUGGCCAUGCUCUGGAGGCAUCCAGAGAACAUAGAGCUUGACAAAGCCAAGGUUAUUCAUUACUGCGCUGCUGGUUCUAAGCCUUGGAGGUUCACAGGCCAAGAAGAGAAUAUGGAAAGAAAAGACAUCAAGAUGCUUGUAGAGAAGUGGUGGGACAUUUACAACGACGAGUCUCUUGAUUACAAGAACAUUAAUGUGCGUUCGAAACAAGAAGAAGAAGAUGUCCACAGGAAGCAGCAAACCACCAUGUCACAGUUCUUUACAGAUUCGUCUGAAGCUGGUGUGUUUCACUACGCUAAAGCUCCGUCAGCCGCCUAGACCACUAUGUGGGGGCUAAGCUAGGUUAUUGAUAAUAUAGUUGCUGAAAGUCGGAAACUAAUUAUGUUCAGUUCGGAAUUUUUAUUAUAUAAUGUUGUGUUGCUGUAUUUUGUACUGAAUCUAGAGGAGUUUUAAUCACCAACCCCUCUGUUUGUUGUAUAUGUUUGCUAAAGACUUUUAUCUCUAAAUACAUGGUAUUAUAGUUUGGUUGUU